UCUCUCUUCUUGGAUCAUCUGAUCUCAACCAUCAGCAAAGAUGAAUCCUACAAUCUCUUCCUCCUUCAUCUGCGUCUCUUUUUUCCUUCUAAUCUCCUCUGCAACUGCCUUCAACAUAACCAAGAUCCUUGAACAGCACUCCGAUUUCAGCAACUUCAACAACCUCUUAACACAAACCCAACUCGCUUCCCAAAUCAACAGCCGACAGACCAUCACUGUCCUUGCCCUUGAUAACGGUGCAAUCGGAUCAAUCUCCGGCAAAUCAAACGAUGUGGUGAAGGAUAUCUUGGCUCUUCAUGUAGUUCUUGACUACUAUGAUCAACAGAAGCUCCAAAAGAUCUCAAAAAAGACAGCCCUUCUCACCACCUUAUUCCAAACUAGUGGUCUAGCCAAUUCCCAGCUUGGGUUCUUGAAUGUUACUGUCACCAGCAACGGCAUCGCCUUCGGUUCCGCCGUUGAAGACUCCCCCAUUGAUUCUAAUCUUGUGAAAUCGGUUGCAUCUCAACCCUAUAACAUAUCUGUGUUGCAGAUCAGUUCUCCUAUAAUUCCUCAAGGUAUUGAUAGUAUUAAGGCCAACUCAAGCUCUAACCAUACUAAUUCACCUCCACCAAAGAAGUCUCCAGGCCCAUCAAAGGCCCCAUCACCCAAGUCAGCAAAGGCUCCUGCACCAUCUAAUGACUCUGCUGCCGCCCCAUCCGACAGUCCAGCAGCCGGUGAUGCACCCAAGAGCUCUCCUCCAGCACCGGCUGAGGCUGAUGCACCCAGUGCCGGUACUGCCGAUGCACCUGGUGGCGGUACUGCCGAUGCACCUGCCCCAUCAAAAAAGAAGUCUUCAGGUGAACGAUUGAGUGUUGGUAUGUUUAUGUCUAUGGUCACUUUGGGUGUGGCCUCCUUGUUUGCUUUCUAAGUUUUGUGGAUUUGAAGAAUCAAAACAAGAAGAAAAAGAAUGAUCUAAGUAAUUCAAAGGAGGAGAGAUGAGAGAUGAGAGAUGAGAGAGGAGAGAGGAGAGAGAGCUAGAGAGAGAGAGAAGAUGGAGAUGGAGAAAUUUGAAUAAGAAGCUGUUACAGAUAACUAGAAACGCAAAUAUUAUUUGAAGCUCGUUUGUGAUCCUUUGUGUACAUUCGUGUUUAUUCUCACU